CCCUCGCAGAACUGAGGAAUGACUGACAUACGCGUGGGCUUGGCUGUAUUUUUGGCUGUCAGAACAAUGAAAAGGAGGGGAUUACCACAUCACCUAUGGCUGGGACUGUACCAUUCAGUUUUUUACUCAUCGGUGGGAGUGGUGCUGACUAGUCCUCAUCGUUUCCUCGCCCCUCUCACCUGAAGAGAUCGCUAAGAAAAAGGACCUCAGGAGGCUGCACGUCUCAGUCCUGCACAGACUGCUGGGUGACUAUAUGCUGUCCAUGGGGGGCAGAGCUGUGGUCGUAGCCCUGCUCUCCAUGAGCGUGUGUGUGCUAUGCGCUCCUGCGGACCAGUACUCCCGAGGGGUGGACUGGCUAAGUCGGUACGGAUACUUACAGCCUCCAGACCGCCACAUAGGGAGGCUUCAGACGAAGCAGGGUAUCGAGAGAGCGCUCAGGGAAAUGCAAAAGUUUGCUGGCUUGAAGGAGACUGGAAUUCUAGAUGAAGAUACUCUUCGGCUCAUGUCGACACCACGUUGCUCUCUCCCUGACAUUGUGAGAGCCGAAGACAUGUUGAAGAAAAGGAGAAAGAGAAGGAAAAGAUACACUUUGUCAGGAUCACGCUGGCAGAAGAAUGAAAUUACCUGGAGUCUUCACAGUUAUCCAUCACACUUAUCCUCGCUCUCCAAGGAAGGUGUCCCUUCAAUCCUAACAUAUGCCCUGAAAGCCUGGAGCGAUGUCACUCCUCUGAACUUCAGACUUCUUUCUCACAAUGACAGAGGAGGAACGGAACAUGGAGACAUCAGAGUGUCCUUUGCUAGUCGUUUUCAUGAGGAUGGGUACCCUUUUGAUGGCAGAGGUGGUACCCUGGCCCAUGCUUUCUUUCCCACAAGUGACAAUGACAUUGCAGGAGACACGCAUUUCGAUGAUGAUGAAGCCUGGAGCUAUGGAGGUGACAGCUCCACCACAGACCUCUUCACAGUGGCUGUCCAUGAGUUUGGCCAUGCUCUUGGCCUCUCUCAUUCGUCCUCUGACCCAUCUAUAAUGAGGCCCUAUUACCAGGGACCUGUGGGGGACAUAAACCGUUAUACCCUUCCUAAGGAUGACAUACUUGGUAUCCAGAUGCUGUAUGGGAAGAGGAUGGACCAGAACACACCUCAUCCUGGAGCUCCUCCAACUCCUAGGAUUCCUCUGCUCCCCAGUCCUCCCCCCUCAAAACCAACACAACAACCAGACUCAUCUCUUCCAGAUCGUUGUAAGGGUGGCUUUGAUGCUGUGGCCAACAUCAGAGGAGAAGUGUUCUUCUUCAAAGGUCCGUACUUUUGGCGUAUACAGCGAUCAGGUUCUUUAGUCUCACUUGCUCCAGCACUGAUUCAGAACUUCUGGAUGGGGCUUCCUGAAGGAACCAAGAAAAUAGAUGCAGUAUACGAGCGGAGUGACAGUCACAUUGUCUUCUUCAUUGGGAAUCAAUACUGGGUCUUCCAAGACACAGUGUCUCUCCCUGGGUACCCACGUCCACUGUCAGAGUUGGGGAUGCGAGCGAGUGAUGGGACAGAGGUCGAGAGGGUGGACGCUGUAUUUGUGUGGGGACACAAUGGAAAGACCUACUUGUUCAGCAAAGGGCAAUUCUGGAGGUUUACUGAAGAAGAAAAAAUCUUCAGAAAAAAUCCAGAUGAUGGAUACCCUCAUGAUGCUGCUCUGUGGAAAGGGGUGCCCUGUGAUCCUGAUGAUAUUAUAAGCUGGAGAAAUGGAGAGGCUUAUUUCUUCAAGGGAAACUCGUACUGGAUCUUCAAGAGCGGAGAAACGGAGCAGGAGGCAUUAGCUGCCAAAUCAACAGCGGUUGACUGGAUGCGAUGUCCCAAGCCUCCUCCACGGGAUGAUAACUGCAUUUGUUCAUUCACUGCAGAUUCCACUGUUAGAACUGCAGACUGGCUGCUUCUGAAUUUUUCUGUAUUUUCUGUUGUUUUCUCACUAAAUGUCAUUUGGUGAGUACAUUGCACAAUGUCUGUUGCUAAUUAUCUAAAACUGGAAAUACAGCCUAUAGUCCUUUUUAUACCUUAGAAUAUUUGUGAUAUCGCUCCACAUGAAAAAUCCACAGAGAAUGUAAAAGUCUGUAAACGAGACAGGAGAAAUGUCGUACUGUGAUCUAGGCACUAACAUCAACGUUGCAUCGGACUAUUAACCCUGUUUCUCUACCUUUCAGACCCUCUCUUCCAGAUCAUGUACUUUAAAAUACAUGAUACCAGGAGCAAAAUCAAUUAUAUUCUCUGAAUUUUGAUGUAGUUUCAACACACCCUAA